AUGACGCCUCAGUACUGUGCCACUUGGUGCGGUCAACGGGGCUUUGAAUAUGGGGGUAUCGAGUUCGGAACGCAAUGCUUCUGUGGGAGGUUGCCCGACUUCAGCACAGCGAGCAAAACAAAUGACACAAGCUGCAACUCCAGAUGCUCAACUGAACCAUCUAGCUCAUGCGGAGGGACCUAUGUCAUGUCUUUGUACAAGAUCUCGAAUCCGCAAGGGAACCUCACGAACAACGGAUUCGUCCCAGCCUGCCAAACACAGCCACUUAGCAGUCACCCUAUCUGUGAUACUUCAUCGAGCAUCGCUGAGAGGGUACACUCCCUUGUCAAUUCCCUGACACUGGAGGAAAAGAUCCUGAACGUUGUCGAUGCUUCAGCCGGAUCAGUCCGCCUCGGAUUGCCACCCUACGAAUGGUGGAAUGAGGCAACACACGGUGUUGGCUCUGCGCCGGGGGUGCAAUUCACCUCCAAACCGGCAAAUUUUAGUUAUGCCACAAGCUUUCCCGCACCGAUACUGACAGCGGCUUCCUUUGAUGACGCUUUGAUUCGUGAAAUAGCCAAAAUUAUUGGCCGCGAAGGACGAGCGUUUGCCAACAAUGGGUUUUCGGGAUUCGACUUCUGGGCUCCUAACAUAAAUGGAUUCAGAGAUCCCCGCUGGGGAAGAGGUCAAGAGACGCCUGGCGAGGAUUCUUUUGUCGCGCAGAGUUAUGUUCGAAAUUUUAUACCAGGACUUCAGGGUGACGACCCCAAGGACAAGCAAGUCAUUGCAACAUGCAAGCAUUUCGCGGUCUAUGACUUGGAGACGGGCAGAUAUGGCAAUAAUUACAAUCCUACUCAACAGGAUCUGAGUGACUACUUCCUGGCUCCAUUCAAGACUUGCGUACGUGACACGGAUGUGGGAAGCGUCAUGUGUUCCUACAACGCAGUCUCCGGCAUCCCAGCAUGUGCGAAUGAAUACCUCCUUGACGAUGUGCUCAGGAAGCACUGGAACUUCUCGGCAGACUAUCACUACAUUGUGUCUGACUGUGGUGCAGUCACAGACAUCUGGCAAUACCACAACUUCACUGAGACUGAAGAAGGGGCGGCAUCCGUUGCUCUCAAUGCCGGGGUGGAUCUGGAGUGCGGUUCCUCAUAUCUGAAGCUCAACGAAUCGCUUGCAGCAAAUCAGACAUCAGUCAAAAUCUUAGACCAGUCAUUGACCAGGCUAUAUUCGGCAUUGUUUACGGUCGGCUUUUUUGAUGGUGGAAAGUACAGCGACCUCGAUUUCUCGGACGUUUCUACCCCUGCCGCACAGGCUCUCGCAUAUGAGGCUGCCGUCGAAGGUAUGACGCUUCUGAAAAAUGACAAUCUCCUUCCUCUGGGCUCUUCGCACAAAUACAAAAGCGUUGCUGUGAUCGGACCAUUCGGAAAUGCUACGACUCAGAUGCAAGGCGACUACUCCGGCAAUGCGCCCUUUAUAAUUAGCCCAUUGGAAGCAUUUGAGAGCUACCACGGAUGGAAAGUGAAUUACGCUUUGGGUACAGAAAUCAAUAACCAGAAUACGACUGGAUUUGGAUUGGCCCUUGAAGCCGCAAAAAAGUCCGAUUUGAUAAUCUAUCUUGGUGGUAUCGACAAUUCCAUGGAGUCCGAAACACUUGAUCGAACUUCGCUUACUUGGCCACAAAACCAACUUGAUCUCAUCACAAACUUGUCCAAGCUCUCGAAACCGAUGAUUGUUGUCCAAUUUGGUGGCGGCCAGGUCGAUGACAGCCUCCUCCUGAAGAACAAAGGUAUCCAAGCCCUGGUUUGGACGGGAUAUCCUAGUCAAAGCGGUGGCUCUGCUCUUCUUGAUGUCCUUCUUGGUAGAAGGUCAAUUGCUGGUAGACUACCAGUUACUCAGUAUUCCGCCAGCUAUGCCGACCAAGUCAGUAUCUUUGACAUCAACCUUCGCCCUGAUGGUUCGUAUCCUGGGCGAACAUACAAAUGGUACACAGGAAAACCUGUGAUCCCAUUCGGCUACGGCCUUCAUUACACCAAGUUUGAAUUUCAUUGGCGAGAGACUUUGGACCACGAGUACAAUAUUCAGCAACUUGUUGCCUCGUGCCAAAGAAGUUCUGGCGGUCCUAUUAAUGACAACACACCUUUUACCACCGUCAAGUCAGAAUGCAGGCCCGACUCCACGACCCAACAAGUCCUUGGUGUCUUACUCGCGCCUCCACAGUAUAAGAAGCGGAAGUGA